UCACAGUUUUAGCCGCAUUGCCUACAGUUUUUACACAGAGCAAGCGCCUCGUUUGUGUUUUAUUUUUUAGUGUUAUAAUUAAUAAAAAUAAACAAUUAGCAUAGUGUUAACGUGUUGCCAUACAAAACAAUUGAGCGCUGCAGCAAACAAACGCAAUGGGCGAACAACCGAUUUUCACUUGCCAGGCGCACGUGUUUCAUAUUGAUCCCAAAACGAAACGGACAUGGAUCACGGCCAGCAUGAAGGCGGUAAAUGUGAGCUUCUUCUAUGAUAUCUCACGGAAUCUAUAUCGGAUCAUCAGCGUGGAAGGCACCAAGGCGGUCAUCAAUUCAACAAUAACGCCCAGCAUGACGUUCACACAGACAUCACAAAAGUUUGGACAAUGGAGCGAUGUGCGCGCCAAUACGGUUUAUGGACUUGGUUUCUCCUCCGAGGCGGAGCUGACAAAGUUUGUGGAAAAAUUCCAGGAGGUCAAGGAAGCCACCAAAAAUGCCAUGAAAUCUGCGAAUGGCUCCAAUGCGGUUACGCCCACCACCUCGGCGAAUACAUCGCCAAUUUCAGGACGUGCUGUGGGCGCCAUUCAAAAUGAUAACACCAACAUCGAUCCACAUACCGUGGAACCGCCGAAUUUAAGUAAUACCAAUACACAGAAUGCCAAUCCCGAUAGCCCCUCGCAUAAGCUGUUAAACACUAGCGAUGGCAAGCAGGAUAUUGGCUCGGCCACGCCUUCGCCGCAGCCAACGCUUGGCAUGGGCGCUGCCACAGUUACCGCUGGCGGUGGUGGUAGUGGUGGCGGCGGCGGCGGCGGCGGUGGCAUUACAAUCUCUUCUGGUGGCAGCAUUGUGGGCAUGCAUACUGGACCCGGUGCGGGCGCCACGGCUGAGCAACAGCUCAAAUAUGAAAACGAGCGUCUGAAAAUGGCACUGGCGCAAAGCUGCGCCAAUGCCAAGAAGUGGGAAAUUGAGUUGGCCACCUUGAAGAACAAUAACAUACGCCUGACCAGCGCUUUGCAGGAAUCGACGGCUAAUGUGGACGAAUGGAAGCGCCAGCUGCACACCUACAAGGAGGAGAACAUACGCCUCAAGCGUGAAAUGGAACUGAUGCGCGUGAGCGGCGGCGUUGGUGGUGGCGGUUCUGCAGCUGGCGGCGCCACAGAGGAUGAAUUGCGUCGCGAGGUGGCUGCGCUCAAGGCGCGCACAGAGACGCUGCAGGCGGAACUGCUGCAGCAUGAAAUAGAGCUUAAAACGGCCAACAUGAAUUUACGCGAAAAGUGCAACGAUCAAACCCUGGCCAAGUUGAGUGAACUGAAUGUGCUGUUCGCCAAGAGUCUGUCGGAGUUAUAUGCGGUGCAAAAGGAUAUGGAGAAUGUUAUACAUCCCGCCAAGUGCACUUGAGACGCCGAGUUGGGUGCACACAGAAAGGUUUCAGCGCAGGAACAGACUACAAUGGCAACCACUAAAACAACGACAACAUCGACAACAACAACAACAACUAGCAAACGUUAUUUAAGCAAUUUUCUAACGGCUGAGGCGGAGAGCACACUCUCCAAUGUCACAUCCAUACACACACAGCUGCAAUCGUCGCUCUACGAGACACAGAACACGGCACAGCUGAAGGCGUUGGAUAAACACUCAGCGCUAUUGCAGGAGCUGCAUCAGCGACAGCUGCAGACUGCAAACAGCUCUGCUCUCACUGAUGCAGCUGCCUCCAGUGGCGCUGCUGCUGGCACCAAAACUGCCACCAUACUCGUUUCCAAAUCGAAAACCAAAACUGGGCUGCCCCUGUUGCUGAAAAAUUCCAUUAACAAUUAGGGAAACAAAAAAGGAAACCAAUAAUUAGACGACUCUUUGCAUUUUUUUGUAAUCUUUCUAUUUGGUAGUUUGUAUACAAAAACAAAACGGCAACAACAGUAACUCACGCCCCCCAUACACUGACAAACACACACACACACUCAUUGUAGGUUUAUAUGUAUAUGUAUUUAGUGUAUUUUUCGGUAUACCCAUUAAGUCCAAAAAGUCCAGUAUUUGUUUCAUUUCAAAAUUGUACGCAUUUGUCUGUGUCGUGGUAGCAAUUAAGUCGAAAGCAAGUUUUAAAUUCUCGUACGCAUUCAAGUGCAAUAUAUAUAUAUAUAUAUAAAAUACACAACAAAAUAAUUGAUAUUAUGUGCUCUAUAUUUUGUAAUUCUUUCUGCUAAUUGUUAAUUAAUUUUUAAUGAGAGCUUGACAAUGAAUCGAAAUCCUCUGACGAACGAAAUACAAAUAUUUAUUUUAUGAAAAUGUGCUCGAAAGCAUUCAAGUAUUUUCAAAACUAAAACCCUAGGCAUUUCUUCAACUUUCGUAUAAACUAUUUAUAUAUUUAUGUAUUUCCUAUUCAUUUGUAUACACAAAACACAACUUUAUUUGUUUUUAUAGCUGCAAAGAUAAUUAGCAAAUUUGUGUACCAACCCCCAAUCCGAUGCAUUACAAUUUAUUUAUUGCAAUUAAGCAUUAACUAACAAUGACUUAGACGACGAAGCAUACUAAAAAUCACAUAAAGAAUAAUAAUUUUAUAAAUGAAAAUUAAGAAAAUACGAAACUAGCAAAGUAAAUUAAACGAAUACCAA